AUGUGCGGCUCCGUGCAUUUUCACGGUCCACUGACAGACGUCGACGACUUGACUCGCCAAUACUUUUCCAGUCAGUUUACUUUUUUUACUCACUCCCACCUGAACUUCUAUGAAUCUGUAAUAAGGCUUUUUGGAGGAGUUUUUGAGUCGAGCGGGUUUUGUGACGUUUCAAAGUUUCCAAGCUUUUGAGAUUUCUUUUUUAGUAUCUUCAAGGUAAAUAUGAAAAUUUCAAAGAGAGGCUGGUUUCAAUAUUUUGGAUUUCGUGUGUCAUUUUUCAAUUCGUAGUUGGAUUUGAUAGGAAAUUUGAGAGUGGAGUUUUUUUUCCGUUUUCUCAGCUUAGUUAUUUUUCUGUUUGGAACGUUUUAUUAAAAAAAUAAUCUCAAAAAAACAUACUUUUUUUGAGUUUUUUUCUUUCGAAAAAAAGUCUGAAAGGACAUUCGAAUUUUCGAUGAAAAUGUCUAUUUUUUUCUAAUCUUUCUAGAAUCUUAAAAUGAAUUCAUAUUUUUCAAAAAUGAAUUCAUACACGGUGUGCCCAAUCUGAAGGUUUUGAAAUACGCUUCAAAAAUGUUGUUUUUUUCAUUACAAUCAGUUUGGUUUCAUAAAAUGAAUGCUAUUGAAAAAUUCAAAAAUCUCCUAUUCUCCUUUUUUCCGAAGAAAAAGGCGCUUGAUAGUUUUAAAAUACAACCAUUUGAGUCUUUGUUGGUUUUUAAAAUCCUCCACGGAAAACUACAUAACCAACGCCGCAAUAACCAUUUUCAAUUUAAUGUUCGUUUUUUAAAAAUUCUCUAGAAAAGGUCUCCUCUCUGUUUUUUCUGUAAAGUGCAACCAAACCCAACAUCUCCAGACACAUUUUUGCAGACAAGCCCAUUAAGGAGUCUUGCCUGCCAAUCCUUUGAAGGACGUAGGAAAAGUUUGUUCUUCUUGUCCUGACGUUCUCUUCAGCUCUCCAAGGAAUAGCUUUUGCACUUUUUUUCGUCGGUUCGCGUUCCUUUUAUGGGAAAUCCCACAGAAAGUUUUGAGUUACGCUGAAUUUUUCAACAGUUUCAAGGGAAAAUGGGAAGUUUACUUGAACUUUUGCGGGGCUCGUAGAAAAAAAUUUUGGCUUUUUUUCUAAUGAUUAUUGAUUUUUUUAUUUUUAAGACAAGGAAAGUCUUCUAACUUUUCAAUUGGAGGUUUCCCAAAUAAAUUGUAGCAAACUUCUUGACAAACUAGAAAAAAAUUUCUAAAAGACCAGAAUCCAAAAACCCCUGCACAACACCCUUGUUUUAAAAAAAAGAUGCCUCAAAAAAACCGUAAAAAGGGUUUUUUGGGCUUUGAGCCCUCAUUUCUCAAAACUGAAAAAUUGCGCAGGUUAUUCUCAGAAUAGGCGUUUUGGCCAAAUUUCCAAAAUUCCCAUUCGCAAAGUAAAACGACCCCUCUUGUAAACUUUUUUUUUUUUGAAUUUGUUUUCAGACUUUCUUAUAACUUUCUGGAAGCGGUAAAAUGUGAAAAAGGCAUUUUUUCUAUUCUAGUCCUAAUUCGAGAAGAGUUUGAAGAAUUUUCAGCAUCUUGGGUCCCUAUAAAUUACCGUAGUUGCAUGCACUUUAUUAGGAUCCUUGACUGGACUUUCUUCAUUUGCCUCUCACGCAAAGGUUUCAAUUUCCUGGCCCGUGUUUGUUCGGUGGAAGACGUGGAACACGCUUAGAGCCAAAGUGGCCUCCUGCUAUUUAUUCUCAUUUCAACGUCGCCACAAUUCUCCGCUCAUUGCCUCUUGUUGGAGGCGUCGUUAAUUUUUUUCCAGGGUUUUCUAGGAUGAUUUGUACCAACAAUACUUUUUUCCUGGUCUUUUUUCAAGCAUUUUUUUGCAGACUUCUCUUUGCGAUUUCUGUGAAACAUUUGAAUUAUAGCUAAGAAGAAGAUUGUCAGAAAAUGUCCACUAAAAAGCUCAGAACAGAUCUUUUUGUUGAAAAAUAUCCUCAACAUGAAGUGAAUCCUGUGGGUUUAGUAACUUCUAAACCGCUCCAUCUCAAACUCCUUCAUUUUCCAAAAGUAUCUCGGAGUUUUUCGUAUCAAAAAUCCAACAAAAACUCCAAAAAAAGGGUUUAAAAUUUUCUUCAGUUCCUCCUGACAUGAUCCUCUAAAAACGGCUAUCAUCCAUUUUUAGUGUCUUUUCUUUUCAAAAACUGCUCAAUCUUCCUUAAAUACUUCCGCCCCCCAUACGCAAAGAUUAUGGACCACUUCAUUGCGCUGCAAAACAAAAGAGCUGAAAAGGAAGCGCGAGAAGCUCGCAAAUGCGUUUUCACGCCGAGGCCAUCGGGCACCCGUUUCCGAGUUGGGUGAGCCGCCUUGUCGUUGUAUGCAAAUGAGCUUCGCGAACGCAUGUCUUUCUUUUUCCCUAGAGGGGCCUCUUAGGACGUUUUUACCGCUUCGGACCCAUAAUUCCAAGUUUACUAGUAAAUUGCUACUCAAUUUUCGACAAUAUUGAAUCUUCAAACUCUAUUUUUAAUGUUCCAUCAAAAGUUUCCGAUCAAACUCGGCACACACAUACAGCCCUGAGGACUUUUGAAAACUCGAAUAAAUUAAUUCACUGUUUGUUUCCCAUUGCAGUACGUCCAAAUAGAAAUCAACUUUGAAGUUUUUUGCCAUUACUUUUUUCUAGUUUUAUGGACAUUUUUGUCAAAUAUGUGUGGUUGCCGUUACAACAUGCAGAUAAAAUAUCCCAAUUCAGUUUAUUUAUUUUUCAUCUGUCGAAAUCUGACGCAAUCCUGAGAAGAAAAGUUUAAAUGUUUUUGAUUAUUCAUCGAAAAUGAUAUCUGCCCGAGCUAUUUUUAAACAUCUGGCAGAGAAAAAAAGAUGUCUACGUAUUUUUUUGAUUAUUCCAUCAGAUUUUCUGAAAUGGUUGCAUUGUUUGCUUUUUCUGGUCUUUCUGGGCAUUUUAUCGUAAUUUCGGUUUAUCUUGUCCUUCCUAUUUUUUUGACCUUCAAUCCUUUCAAUUUUAUCAUGGACGUUUUUUAAGUUCCGAAAUCCCUUUGAAUAUUUUUUCUUUCAAAAAACGGAAUAUAUGUACGUAAAUCGACAUAAAAGUACUAAGGAGGCUUGAAACGACAAAAAAGAGGGACAAAAAGAUUUAGCUUUUUCCCGAAUAAUGACGAGAAUAAGCUUUAUUCCAACAAUUUUACUCCAUUUCCACGCUCCAUGACAAUUUUCGGGGCAGAGUUCCAGCAUCAAUUCAUUGUUAUUCCAAAGAGACGCUGGGCGUAAUUCCUCGGAGCCGACUCGUCCUUGAGAUAAUUUCGAGCCCCAGCUGCUGACCAAUGCCGUCGGUCCCUCGUAAAAAGCCUUGCCCUUUUCGAGGCUGGUCAGCUUGAUUGCUCGCGUCCUUUUACUCGGAAACGUCUCUUCUUCUUUCCUUCUUCCUACUUUCCAGCUUCCAAAAACUUUUUUGGCAUCGUACAAAAAUAUUGGCGGCAGCUUCGAAGAUUUAUCCAUUUUAUUCAACAUGAUACUAUUGUAUCAGUUUUUUCAGCUUUUUCUUGUUCAAUACAGAAAAAAGCUUUGAUUCGAGAUUUUGGCUCUUUCUCACUUUCUUACACUCUUUUCUAUAUAAUAAUAACUCGAAGUAACACGACUCUCAGUGUCUGAAAUCUCAAACCCGGUGUUCCUGGUGUUCAUUGACAUAUUGAAACAUUUAUGAAGGCUCUUAAUUUGCGUGCCCGUUGACCUGACUCUUUGUCCCAUUGAAUUUUCAGAAGCUUUCUCGAUUGUUAUUGUUGUCCCAUCCUUCCGCUUCGGCGAAGAUUUUCGAAUAGCUAGGGAAGCUGUUAAAGAACUGUUAACGUUCAAAAAUUUUUUUCAGAAUUUGACGGAAAAAAAGGUUGUCGCUUAAAUUUACAAGUUCCGAGUUACAUUGUUUUCAAGUCUUUAUCUUAUUUUUGAGACACGUUUAUGUCUUCUGAAACAUUAUUCCUGAUUAAUUAAUGAAAUUUAAGGGAACUUACCAUCACAAAAAACAUGAAAAAACGCGACUUUGGUCGCAAUUUUUUUGUAAGAAAUUCAAUCCUGCUGAAAGUUUCUUUUUUUGCGUAUUUUUCUGUGAACUGACACUUCAUCGAAAUGCUCAAAAUAAAAUUCAACAGAACUUCAGAAAGUUUCAGAAAGAUUGAAUUUCUUGAAAUAAAGUUAAGACCAAAGCUCCGUUUUUUUUCGUAUUUUCUGAGACGGUACUGUAUACCGAAUUCACAGCUUCUAAGAAUCUACAAUAUUAAAAAUCCAGUUUUUUCUUCAACCUGAAUUAUUCUAAUCAUGUAUUUCAAGAGGGACAAGCCGAAAAUUUAUUUUUCAAACGAGGCUUCGGAAAAAAAGCCCAAUAAAAAAAGCUCCUCAAUUAAACAUUGCGAGUGGAGAACGUUUGACGCUGUCAGUUUCCACAGCUGCAAGGCCGCAUUUAUCCACAAUCCUUCUACUUUUUUCUGUUCUUUUCAUUCCACUUCCAAGUUUGCUAGUAAUUUUUUCGCUUUCUGAGAAGAUUGGCUUUGAAUAAUCGAAUUCGCGCCUUUUUGAACUUUUGAUCAUUUUUGACCCGAGCAGCAGACUUUUUUUAUAAAGUUUUUUUGAACUAAUUUUUUACCGGUUUUUUUAUCGAUUUUUUUGAGUCUUUUUCCCAAAUUUUUCCGAACAAAUUGUCGUAAAAAUGACUUUACUGUUUCUUUUCGACUGACUACAGUUUAGUUGUUUCUGGGAAGAAUUUUUGCCAGCAACUUCCUUAAGAAACACAUAAAAAGUAUUAAACUUAUAUUUAUUAUUUUUUUCUUCAAAAAAAUAAAUUUUUCAUGCAAAUUCAGUCAUUUCUCUUCCACACACAUGACAUCGUGAGGAUCUCUCAGAAGAGCGAGCUCAUGCUCCCAAAGGGCAUGAUUUAUUCCGUCUCGCCGCCUUCUUCCUCCACUACAAAGCUCCUCAGAACAAUGUCGAGAAUAACGUCGAGAAAUUGAUACCGAAGCUUGAAACAACCAAAAAUAAGGAAAUAAUUCCAGAAGAACGGGGGGAGAUGCAAGGACACGUGGCCAGAAGGGCAGUACUGGACCAGAUGAUGAGCACAAGUACUGCCAGUGGGACGACGCCGCGGAGCAGCAGCUGGAGCCGCGAAAAUCCGUCCGACUCGGCCAGAGCCCCACGCAGCAAGGCUCGUUUUUCCACGCCUUAUUUUGCUCGAUAAUCCUUGCUUCUUGACUUUCAACCCUUUUUUCAGUUGCUCAAACUUUUAGCAAACUUAAUUUGAAGCUUUGAGGUUUGGAAAGAGGAACUUAUAAUGCUCGAACCGAAAAAUGAACAUACUCCAACUACUAUCAGUUUGGAAAUGGUUUAUUACUUCUCGUGAUGGCUUGCUGGCUUUUUGUUGAUAAUCAGUCUUGUUUAUCACUUUACUAUCAGCACGCUCGCCCCUUUUUUUCGUAAGUACUACUGUUUUGGGGCCUGGUUACUGAGAUAGUACCAUCAUUCCGGCAUUUCAGACGUUUUUUUGAGUUUAUUUUCGUUGAUUAUGAAAAUACUAACCAAUAAGCGUGAAGAUCAAUUUUCCUUUUUUUUUAAUUUAAAAAAUCAUUUUUCUAAUCCAAAAUUCUUUCAAGAGUAUAACAUCAUUUAUAAAAACUGCCGAAAUUUCAAUCAAUUUACAGUUUCAAGCAAAACUCAAAAAAAGCCAAUUCAUUCAAUUUUUAAAAUGCUUCUGCUACACUGUUGGUCAUUACAACAGUUUUUUUAAGAAUAAAUUAAACAAAAAGAAUAAAAUUAAUAUUUUUUUGAACAUGAGUUUGAAGUUUCAAAAAAUCAUCGCACGCUUAGCAAUUUUUUCCAUGGUUCAAAGUGAAAAGUCAUUUUUUUGAGCUGGAGCACUUUGCUGUUUCAAUCUCUGCAGCCAUGCUAACAGUAUCACGCGCUAACCUAAGAACAAACAGAGCAAUUUAACAAGUAGCCAAAAAACUGAAAAGUCAACCCCAGGUCGUUCCUUUCCCACGCGGAACACAAAGGCUCAUUUGACAAACCCUUCUUGACAGCCCUUGUGACUCAUAACAAAGGAAUGGUCCGAUUUUCGCGCCAAAAGUUGCCAAAUUAGGGAGUUAACGUGCACGCGCCACAGCGCUCAUCUGCCCUUAAUCUGCCUGUCAAGAGGCAAUUUUUUUUUCAUACCUUUAUUUUGCCAGCCUCGAAUAUUUUUUUUGGACGUGAAAUUUUUGCUCUGCUUUUUUUAAUACUAACAUUUUUUGAACUUCUUUUUUUCUUGAUAGUCAAAAUUCGGCUUUCUAAAGUUUGAAUAACUCUCUGCGCUUUUAUUUUUGUGAUGUUUACAUUUAUAUCACUUUAACUGCACCUUCUAUUUCUUCUCGUCUGUAUUUAUCGUUUGGAAAAAAAAUUUCUGACAAGUUCAAAAACGUGAUUUCAUUCCAGUGAUCAUGAAAAUUUCUCGAAAUCCAGAUUUUCUCCACUACGUAAAAAUACAGAAGAGUCUUUUUUUAUUGACCUUUGGCUUGGUGACUUUCGUGAUAACUUUGACUGCAUCAAUCAUUUUUUUUUUACAUUUGCUUUUUAGUAUCAAAAAUCUAUUCCUUUUCAAGCCUUCUGAUUUAUUGCAAUAAUAGCUGAUACUGGAUUUUCGGUAAGAACAGCAAAAAAAAAUGGAAACAGUUCGAAAAACGAGGCGGUCAAUUCAAAAACGCUGAUUCUUGAAAUUUUUUGCCUGAUGUGAUGGUUUCCCUAAAAACCUACCGUCUUUUAUUAACUUGUAUGAAAAAUAAAAUUUUAUUUAUAUCCAAUUUACGAAAGGAAUCUUCAAGAAAAACGUUCUUUAUAUACGACGAGAGUGUAUUAUUGAGGAUAUCAACGCGAAAACGAGAAACAAUGAAAUUUCUCAAAAUCUUAAAAGUUUCAUUCUCGCUAAAAAAAAAUUUUCUGAACUUUUCUGACUUCAUCAGGCGAUCAAUCUCGACGAGAAUUACUCGAGAUUGAACAUAUUCAAAACAACGUCCGCACAUAAAUCAACAGCAAAAGACCUCAUUACUUUCAAAUCACCCCAACCGACUUUAUGAGUAGAAGGUUCAAAGAAGAACCGACUUUAUCCAAGAAAAAAAAAACUUUAAUGUGAGAAAUUAGAAAAUGCACAAGCAAGAUCAUCUCACUUUGUGGGUAAGAAUGGGAACUCCCUGAAAAUUGACGAGAUUACAAUUUCAUGUACCAGAAAAACUUCUGAGAGUCUUAACUUUGAAAAGUUCCUAUUUUUUGACAAAAGAUACCGUAAAAAAAGAAACCUCACAAUUCGUUAAAAAAUUUUCCAAGCUUUGAGCUCUUAUUAAGAAAAAUCUUUCUUCUUAAAACCAUUAUUUAAGUAACUUCACAGUUUUUUUGAAAAUUCCAAAAUUUGAAACGUAUGCCCACUUUACGUACCAUUUUGUGCAGAGGUGAGGUUUUUGUUUUUUUUUUAAAUCGCCUCUAUGAAGAUCACUUAAAUGCUAUAAAUCAACGGAAACUGCAAACUGAAAAUGUCUCAUUCCUUUUAAGUCACCCUGGCUGAUGAAAAAAAGUCAUUGUGACAUGAAAAAAGUCAUUGUGACAGAUUAAAAAAAUUUGACCAUUUUAUCAUUAAAAGCUUGAUUUAAAUAACAUUGCAGUUUCUGAAAGUUUUGAAAAUUGAGAAAUAGGUUAACUUUUUCGUUUCAUCUGAACUUCGUUUAGAAUUGAAUUUUUUUCCUUUUUUUUUCGAUAUCGACACUAUUAAGGCCACAAAAGUGCUAUCAAUCAACGAAAACUCCGCAUUCAAAAAAGCCUCAUUCCUUUCAAGUCGCCCAAAUUGGCUUCAUGACUAGGAAGUUCAAAGAAGAGUCGAUUUUCUUCGAGAAGGAGAACGUCAAUGUGACAAAUUAGAAAAAUUAGGCGGUCACGUUGUCGAGAAGGAGGCCUGGCCCAUUCAGCCUCUUUUAGGCGGCAGCCCUCGGUUGUCCGUGGUGACAACUCCUCCUGACCUCCCCAUUCGGAUCCUCACAAAUUACCUGCGCCUCACACCUGCAACACUCGUCAAUUUCCGAGUUGUUAUUGUUUUCUAUUCCUUCCUCUGAAAAUUUAACACCUUCGGUAUAAAAUAUUCUUGUGAAAUGACGCAAAGUCUCACGAAUUCCGCCAGAUUUGUCCGCUCGUCGAUGAGAAGUGUGAGCUUUUUUAUUUCCCUGGAAGUAAAAAUUUUUGAAGGAGAUACAGUAAAAAGCAUUCCAAGGGCAAGAAAGGGCUUUUGGAGGGAAAAUUUUGAAACAGAGAGCUUAUUUUUAAAAAAAUUCCUGAUUUUCUUUAUAGCAGGCGCAUAAAACAGGAAUCAAAUCUAUUCACAAUGAUAUUUGUCCUCAGUGUAGUUUCUCACGAUUUUUCAAGUGGUCUGGGAGGAAAAAUGAAAUUAUCGCAAAAUUAUAACCCACAAAGCCAGAAAAUGACAUUUUUCAUCAGUUCCCUCAUUGGAAACUCAACGUAUUUCUUGUCAAAAAAUUCCAUUUUUUGCACCGUUCCUUCAAUUUUGUCGUAAAAUGUUAUCAUCCACCUAAAUAACCUUUCCUGACUUUUUAUUGACCUUUCUUCCUUGAAAAGACAAAUAAAACGUUCAUUCUUCAGUGUCUCUUUUUGAUAGCUAACACGAAAAACGUGAAGCGUCUGGCCCAAAAAUAAAAACCAGAUUUUCGGCAGCGCAUUGAUUUUCAGUUCCUUAGCAUUAAUCUUUAUCUGAGCGCCAAGUCGAGUUUCAUUUUUUUGCCUCGUCAAAAUUAUUUGCCUUUUCAGAGCAUGGGACGGCCUAAGGCCAAGGAAGCGGAAGAGGAAGAAAAGGAACGCCGUGAAAAUGCAGAGGCCGCAUUCAGGGAAUGGCUCAAGAGAAAAGCGGUCGAGCCGCGGACUCCUAGAGCUUCACCGACCAGGUGGGAUUUUUUUCAGUCAUAUUAGUUUUUUUGUUCGUUUUCUUGUUUUAUUUUUUUUAUACUGUGUUUUUUUGAUAAAACAUCUAGAUUUUGGAUUUCCCCGCCUUUAGAGAUUUUUGAUUUUUUUUAGUGUUAAGGAAAAGUAAGGGUCAUCCGAGAGCCUGUUAAUUAAAAUUUUGCAGAACUUGAAUUGGGGUAGGAGGGCUCUAAUAGAGAUGUUCACAGCCCAGAUUAAAUAUAUUAUUUUUUUCAAAAAAAUAUUUCGAAUAACCGGAAGCUUUUAUUUAAGUUUCCGUUGAAAAAAAUUUUUCGAAAUUCCCUGUCAAAACGGAUCAAGAUUCCUUUUUCCGAUUGCAGUAUUUUUUUUCGAGAUUUCUGGUCAAUGGCAUUUUUUGAUCAAAGUUUGAUCUUUGAGGCUGAAACGCAAUUUUUCAGGACUUUUCGUUGUUGACCUUAGUAUCAAGUUUUUUCAAACUUCACCUGAUUGAACCAAAUUUCUAUCGAUGCGAAGCAAAAUGAUCAGAAAAUAAAUUUCAAAGCUCUCUUUCAUCAAACUUAUAAUGGAAACAUUAUUACAAAGUUUUUCACAAAAAUUUUUUUCGGUUUUUUUCAGCCUCUUAUCUGAAAAAAUGUGUUCGAUAAAUCUUCAAAAAUUUUGAGAAGUCUUAAAAAAUCGCGAAGAACAUCAAUCAUCCACCUUUUUCCAACCAGAAAAAUUUUCCGCUCCAUUUUAUACAUGUUCAAAACGCCUUCAAAAGCCGAAAAUCCCUCGGAAAUUUGCAAGAGAGACGUGUUUGGCGUUUUUUUUCUGGCGGAAGAAAAAUAAAUCGUUGUUGACGGUACUGGCGUUCUGUCUGUCCGGAGAUAAACACCGAGUGCAUUUCAAGUUUCUGCGCUUUCAUCCGGGUAGUAAACCUUGUUCUCCAGCAUCUUUUGCAGAGAAAUUGGCCAUUAGGCUAGUCUGUUUUGGAAAUGAUCUCCUGGAAGAAAAUUAUCGGAAAGCUGUCCAAAUGGUUCAAACGGGGCUUAUCGAUAAUUUAAUUAAAUGGUGGCAUUUGGAAUGACUCAAACUUCUGAUCAAAAAUAGUAAGCGGAAGAAGAAGCUUUCAAAAAAUAGGAACACUUUUAGUUUCAAGAUUUUCAAUUUUUUCUAGAAAAGUUCAGUCCUUUUUUCCUAGUCUUUAUUGCAAAAUGGGCUUCGAAAAUCCGAACUCGGCCGCCCCGUUUCUCCGCUUCUUUCCACCUUUCUUCUUCAAGAUCAACCUUUUCCAGAGCCCAAAUAUCGAAGCAUCUGAAAGACGAAGCAAAGCAGCGGGUCAUCAACCAAUGGCACAACGACAAGCGAUUCCAGCGGCCAGCCACGUCUGAAUCUGUCGAAAACGGCUCCAGCUCUUGA